AUGAAUGACCCUAACACGUACUACCUUUCUAGUUCUAUGUCCCUUCUAUGGGCUGCUGUUUUGCUUUUUCGAUUGGCUGCUUUUUGGCUUUUCAAAGCAUCUUUCUUCACCUUUCUCGCCAUCCUCUCCCUCCUUCCCAUAUCUGCAAUUGUUUAUACCAUUGCUUGCAUGUACGCAGAGAAAGAAAUCACCUUCAGGAAGGUGGCGAGCGUUGUCCCAAAGUUGUGGAAAAGACUUGUCGUCACUUUCGCAUGGAGCUUUGCCAUUUUCUUAGAUUAUACCGUUGUUGGAGGAGCUUUAUUCGUUGUUGCUGGAGUUUUCGUGGGAUUUGGUCCCAUUGGGAUUGUCAUAAUUUACCCACUUCUUUUCAUUUUCUAUUUCAUUGGGUUCGUCUAUCUUAGCAUUGUUGGGAGUUUGGCAAGCGUUGUAUCCGUGUUAGAAGAUGUGUGUGGAUUUCAAGCCCUGCUUAAGAGCAAGGCGUUGAUAAAGGGAAAAAUGGGAAUUUCAGCUGGUUUCUUCAUUCUACUGCUUGUUUGCAUUAUAGGAAUCAGAAAGGUGUUUGAUUUAUUUGUUUUGCCGGGUAGAGUAAGGUUUAGAGAAGGGGUUGGAACUAUUUGCUUGGUAUUUCUGCUCAUGGUGACUCUCUUUUGGCUUGUUGUACAAACUUUUAUCUACUUCGUUUGUAAAUCAUAUCACCAUGAAAACAUCGAUCAAAACUCUUUAGCGGAUCAUCUAGAGAGUUAUGUCGGGGGAAAUGUUCCUUCAAAGGCCAAGGAUGUUCGACUGGGGGGAAUGGCAACUUUUGUGUAA